AUGGGUUCCAACGAAAAGCGACACGUUGACGUAGCAUGGCUGGCGAAACCAUCUGGAGACUGUUGUCUCAAGGGACAUAUGCAUGUUGGCAACCCUAGAGGAAAGUUCGAAACGAUUGCUGGCGUUGAUACUUAUGUUGUGUCUCCGAACCCGGGCAAGAGCAACGGCCAUAUCCUGUUCUACUAUGCCGAUGUUUAUGGCAUGUUCACUAAUGCUCAACUGGUCAUGGAUGAGUUUGCAGAUGCUGGCUUCUUAACUCUCGGUUUGGACUACUUUAACAACGACCCGAUCUUCCUGCAUCGUAAUGGCCCACAGGAGAGCAAAGAGGGCUUUGACUUCGAGGCGUGGAAGGCAAAGUACUCCGAGUUCGCUGAGAAGAAAGUUCCAGAGUGGACUGCUGAGGUCAAGAGAAUGUAUGGGCAACCGAGCACGAAGUAUGGUUGUGUCGGAUACUGCUUCGGAGCACCAUAUGUGUGCAACUCGCUCGCAGACGGUACUUGCCAGGCUGGCGGCUUCGCGCACCCGGCUUUCCUGAAGGACCAUCACUUCCGGAACUUGAAGGCGCCAUUGUUCUUGAGCUGCGCCGAAGUCGACCAUACCUUUGGGACGGAGAGCAGGAACAAGGCGGUGGAUAUGAUGAUUGAGGAUGCGAAGGAGUACUCGCUGCAGCUGUUCCAUGGGGUUGAGCAUGGGUUUGCGCUGCGGGCGAAUCUGGACGUGGCUUAUGAAGCGUGGGUGAAGGAGCAGAGUCUGAAGUCGUUAGCUGGCUACAUCGAGUUCUGGCUGUCUCAGUAG